UAUAACUUGCCCCGACUUGUGUGCUUAGUCAUUUCAGGACACCAUGGCUCUCCAACUAGUCCUUUGCCUUGUCCUCUCUCUCAGUAGAUACAUUAGCUCUCAUCCACUCUCUCGCCAAAGCAAUGGGCUUCGCGACUGUCGGAAAACCGUAACGAUCCCGGCUCUAGAGGUGUUGCCUGGUGGAGGCUGGGACAACCUCCGUAAUUUGGACAUGGGAAGAGUGAUGAACUUCAGUUAUUCCCAAUGCCAAACCUCAGAGGACGGAGUCUAUCUCAUCCCCGAUGAAGUGUUCGUUAUCCCACAGAAGGUCGGUGGUGUGGAGACCAAUUCGGAUAUCAUCUCCUCAUGGCUCGACCAACACAGUUCCACCUCCCAGUCGAUCAACACAGGUGCCUCUUUUUUCUCCGUCCUCAACGCAAAGUUCUCCUCAGAGAAUCAACGAAUGAAAACACAUCAGGUCAAAGACACUGCUGUUACUGCCCGUAUACAGGUGCGGAACCAUCUCUACACGGUGAAGGUGUAUCCAGACUUCACCCUGGACUCCCGAUUCGCCCAUCAGGCUGAGGAAAUUGCCGAUGCUAUAGAAAACAAUGAUACUCGGCAAGCAGCUUACCUGUCAGAGAAGCUAGUCCUUGACUACGGCACUCACGUGAUAACCACAGUUGAAGCCGGCGCUUCUUUGGUGCAGGAGGACUAUCUCAAGGCCUCUUAUGUUGCCAAUAGUGACACUUCACGGUCCACUGUGAGCGCUUCAGCCGGAUUGAACUUUUUCAAUAAAGUUAGCUUUAACAUUGACGGCAAAGGCUCCCAUGAAACGUCAGAAACUCGCAGUUAUGAGGGAAACUUGACGUAUUCUCUGACCCUGAGCCACGGUGGGGCUUUGUUCUACCCUGGCAUCACUUUGCAAAAAUGGCAAGAAAGCACCCUCAACAAUCUGGUAGCUAUAGACCGUGCGGGAAUGCCACUGCAUUACUUUCUUACCAAGGCAGCGUUUCCUGACCUUCCUGAACCAACCAUUCGCAAGCUGGCAACAUCAGUGCGUCAAGCUGUAGAGCGCUACUACUCCAUCAACACACGCCCAGGGUGUGUCAAGCCAGACUCUCAGAAUUUCAAUUUCCAGGCCAAUGUAGAUGAUAGUAGUUGUGAAGGCCCAGCAACUAACCUGAGCUUUGGCGGCGUCUAUCAGCAGUGCACCAAACUCACACCAUAUGCAGAUCCGAUUUGUGAUGCACAAGCUCAGAAAAACCCAGGCACUGGGGAUUACUCCUGUCCCGAGCCCUUCACACCAACCCUUUUACGAUCUGAGGUGGUGGAGGAGGGAUAUAGUCGUUAUGAAUGCCAUCGGCAGUGCCAUCGCUGUUGGUUAGUUGCAACAUGCUGCAAAGAUUUGUGUGGCGACUCCUAUUAUGUCAGACGUGCCAAAGUUGAUACAUACUGGUGCUCUACAAGCAAAGAAACAAAAACGGAUUCUGGGUAUCUCUUUGGGGGUCUCUACAGCCCAUUGUUACAGAAUCCUUUAACCAAAUCUAAAAGCUGCCCUCCCAACUACAUCCCUCUUAAACUGCUCGCCAAUGGACUGAUGGUGUGCCUGAGUAACGACUAUGAGGCAGGCACUCGAUUUUCUGUGCCUUUUGGGGGAUUCUUCAGCUGCAAGUCUGGCAACCCACUCAUGGGAGGUCAUCCUCGCUGCCCGCCGAAAUACAGCCAGCACCUUGCCGCCAUAAGCGACGGGUGUCAGGUGCUCUACUGCGUCCAGUCAGGUAUCUUCACCGGGGGGCAGCUACUGCCCAUCCACCUGCCGCCUUUUACCCGCUCCCCAGUCAUGAACAUGGCGGCCACCAACACCGUGGCGGUCAUGACCGAGGGCGGCAAGGCCUGGGUCCGAAUUGGAGACACAAAGAUGUGGAAACUGGCCAACGCAGACGAGAUCCUAAACUUAUCAGAGCUGCAGAACUCAGAGAUGUCAGGAGGGGAAAAGUUUGGAGUUGCUGUUGGUGUUAUUGCACUGAUUGCCCUGGUAGUUGUAGGUGCGGUUGUCGUCAUGAGGAGGAAGAAGAGGGGAACUAGGCUUCUGAUUGGCAGCGGAUAUGAGGAGAUCAGGGGCAAAGGGCAAACGGAGUCAGAGGGAGAGACCCAGGCUGAGCCGCGGUCAGAGAGUGAGAGUGACAGCCCAACCCAGGUCCUGCUCCCAUAACUCCUCUGGGUAUUAGUCUCAGUGUCGGGGCUCCCCACAAGGUUAAACUAAUGAAAGUUGAGAGAAAAAGGUAUCAUGAUGAAUGAAUGUCAUUUCUUUUCCUUUUAUAUGUCAUUAUACUCAUAUUCUAGUACUUUUGUUAACAAUGCUGCCAUUCAGAAUCUGCCUUUUUAAGCUGCCUGCAUCAAGAUUAAGCUUGACUAAAUUUGUGUGUUAACAUUGGGAGCAUACGCUGUGGAAUAAAUGGUAAUACGAAAACAGGAGGUACAAGCAUUUCAGAUGAAUAGAAUUUAAAUAAUGCAAUGUUUGAUUGUUGUAGGAAUGUAGGGGAGGGUACACCACAAUCAGUGAAAAGCUAACAAAAGAUAAAGAAACAUUUCUU